GAAGCCUCUUGUUUGUUUCACAGUAAUGUAACUACAGUAUAAUUGUCAUCAUUUAACUUUAAUAUACGUUUAAUAAUUUAACUUUGAGUGUCUAGAAGGCUGUGACAUUGUAACAUUUUAUAGAAGCUAACAGCAGUUAGCUUGUUGUUGUUGUUGUUAGCCUGUGUGAUGACUUAGCUACAGUUUAGCUACAAGCUAACAGCUGCCGGUGGCUGUUGGAUCCCAGAAUGAUAAAGUUCAUGCUGAUGGUGAACCGGCAGGGUCAGACCAGACUGUCCAGGUAUUACCAACCUGUGGAGCUGAGCAGGAGAGCGAUGCUGGAGGCUGACGUAGUCCGCUGCUGCCUGAGCCGCAAGAAAGAUCAGUGUUCCUUUGUAGAGUACAAAGACUUUAAACUGGUUUACCGUCAGUAUGCUGCUCUGUACAUCGUGGUUGGAGUCACAGACAGCGAGAACGAGCUGUCCGUCUACGAGCUGGUUCAUAACUUUGUGGAGGUUUUGGAUAAAUACUUCAGCCGCGUGAGUGAACUGGAUAUUAUGUUCAACUUGGACCGAGUUCACAUCAUCCUGGACGAGAUGAUCCAGAACGGACACGUCGUGGAGACCAACAAGAGCCGCAUCCUCACGCCGCUCACCGCCCUCGACAAGAUGGCCGACGGCUGAGGCUCUACAGGAAGUGAUGUCACUGAAAGUUUUGUUUUUUCAGACCGACAUCAGGUGGAGAUAAAAGCACUUGACCGUGAACUGACAGGAAUGGAAUUAAACCUGCAACCUUGUGACUGUUUUAAGCUGCAGAUGUUGUUCCAAUGCGAAAUAUUAUCCAUAUAGUAACAAUACCGUCGUCUGUUAUGAAAUCUGCUGCUUUUGGACCCAAAAUUAAAAGGGUCAAUUCACUCAAAACAUU